CGGUCGCCGGUCAAACAAGUUCAAUGUUCACCUCUAUCCGCUAUCCGGCCAACCAAAAUAAUAAAUACCUAAUCGAAUAGAUUCCGAGCCGUUUUAGACCGAAAAACGGUGAAAAACUACGGGUAACCUUGAAUUUUCGAUUCAUUCGCCUGCUUUAAAUAUUUAUGAUUACCCAUUACAUUGCUACUUUACUCGAUUUCCAUUAAAAACAUCUCUCAUCCAUUCCAUUGGCAUUCGUUGUCGAAGUUGUGCGAAAUAUUCCAUCGAUAAUGGUGCAGGUAGAAGUGUACAGUGUAAAAAACAAGAAACUAGGAGAAAUUACAGCUAGUAAUGGAACGAAAGUAGGAGAAAUUAAAAGACUAAUAGCGAAGGUAUCUAGAAUUUCAAUCGAACGCCAAUCUAUUCGAUCCGACUCCAAAGGAAAGGACAUUAACGAUGACCAGACCGUACCCCAUCUCGAGUCCAUUAGGAAGGUGUUCGUCAAGGAUUUAGGCCCGCAAAUCGGUUGGAAUACCGUCUUUCUACUCGAAUACGCCGGGCCCCUAUUCCUAUAUGCUGCAGUCGCCACUAGACCGUGGAUUUUCUACGGCAAUGCGACCGAACCGGCCAUGACCACGACGGCUAAAAUCGCCCUGGGCUGUUGGAGCUUCCAUUACUUGAAGAGAAUAUUGGAAACGUUGUUCGUGCACCGCUUUUCGCACGGCACCAUGCCGUUUAGGAACCUCUUCAAAAAUUGCAGUUAUUAUUGGGGUUUCACCCUCUACGUAGCUUAUCACGUAAACCACCCGCUGUUCACGCCCCCGCCGUUUUUGUUCCAGCUGGUCGGUUUGGGGUUGUUUGCGAUUUGCGAGGGAGGGAACCUGGCUUGUCACGUUUUGCUGAGGAAUCUGAGACCUGCCGGAAGCAAGGUCAGGAAAAUUCCAACCCCCGACGGUUGUCCGUUGAACCUGAUGUUUAAUUUCGUUUCUUGCCCUAACUACACUUACGAGAUCGGUUCUUGGAUCGGGUUCACUAUAUUGACAUCGUGUUUACCAGCUGGUUUAUUCACGUUGGCCGGUGCUUAUCAAAUGAUCAUCUGGGCUUUGGGGAAGCACAGGAAUUACAAGAAAGAAUUUUCCGACUAUCCGAAACAGAGGAAAGCUAUCAUUCCAUUUAUCCUAUAAUUAAAUUAUUUAUGUAUUGUUAAAUUUUUUGUUUAAUAUUUGGUUGGUUCAUCGGUUUAAUUAAUGUUUUUUUAGAUGUACCUGUGUUUAUUUUCUACUUACGUUUUUGUGAAAUGCAGAAUUCCUUCUGUAUUUGAUAAUAAAAUUCAAAAUUUGUGUAU